CUCCAGCCAGGAGGCGGGGGUGACCCACAGCAGCUGACCCAGCUCGGGCACUGCCUCUCGCACAGCCCUCAGGACACACCAUGGGCCCAGAGGCUGGCUGGUGGCACACUCGCGACGACGCAGGCGGCGGCCCCGGCGACUCUCAGCUACCUCCCUGACCACUACGACCACCUCCCGCGAAGCCAUCGCCACCACCGGCCGGGGGAAGCUGACGGCCGCAAAGCCACCUCCACUCCCGACUAACAGCUACGUAAACAACUAUGGAGGGCGAGAGGCGGCCGACCGACGGGCCGGGAGAAGGAUGGGCCGUCGACGUCACGCCCAGAGCCCCCAUCCGGGAAUCAAGGCGGAGGCUCGCCCCUCAAAAUGGCGACGGCGGUGACGCGCCUGCGUACGGAACUCACCCGUCGCGCCACGGACGACGGGAAGUGAGGUUUUCAGAAGAGCCGCCAGAAGUGUACGGCGACUUCGAGCCCCGGGUGGCCAAAGAAAGGUCCCCGGGGGGUAGACGAACCCUGCCAGAAAAGUUCCGGCCGGAUUCUGCGAAAGAGGAAGUGAGAGAAAGCGCUUACAACCUUCGCUCUCGACCACGGAGGCGGUGGACCCAGGAAGCCGAGGAGAUGAAGACGCGGAGGUCUGCCCGGUUUGAGCAGCCCUUACAGCAGCCGCAGCCGCAGCCGCAGCCGCAGCCGCAGCCGUCUCCGGCUACGAGCAGACGAGGGUUCCGGGACUCUCAGUCCUCAGAGGAUGAACCUUCUUCCCAAACUGUUACAAGCCCAACAGCCUCAAAGAAAACUGUCAGAACACCAGAGACUUCAAUGAUGAGUGAAGAUCCUCUAAAUAACUUACGCAGACCCCCCUUAAGAAGCCCAAGAUCUGAUUCAACAUACAAAACCAAUGGAAAUACUAAAAUGAAUGAAAUAGAAGCUGCCGGUAUCCAACAAGUAAAUUUCUCUGAAGAAGGAGAAACUGAAGAUGAUCUAGAGAGUUCUUACAGUGAUACCACUGUCAAGGUCAGAUCCAGGGAUUCUGUCGAGUCUAGAGAUGAAGCCCCCAGGUCAUCUAGUCAUCAUCAAGAAUCACCUUGGAGGUUACCUCAGAGUCAGGACUUCACAGCUCAUGAGAAUCAGCCUUCAGUGCUGAGCUCAGGAUGUCAAAAAAACCCUCGGGAGUGGGUUGAUCAAGUCUUAAGAAUGAGGGCUAGACUGCCACAUAACAGCAUCCAGGAAUCAGAGCUUGGAAACCAAUCUCCAUCAACCUCUAGCCAACAAGUUGCUGAACAAGCCCAAAGGGAACCAUCUGUCAAGACCAAGUGGUGGCUGCUAGGUCUGGUGGUCGCUCUUGCCGUCGGAUUGUUCUGGUUCUUUCAUACUCCUGCGGUAGAUACCACUGCCGUUCAGGAGUUCCAGAACCAGAUGAGACAACUUCAGUCUAAGUACCAGAGUCAGGACGAGAAGCUGUGGAAAAGAGGCACCACGUUCCUGGAGAGACAUCUCAACAGCUCCCUCCCCCGGCCCCAGCCUGCCAUCCUUCUGCUCACCGCAGCCCAGGAUGCCGCCGAGGUGCUCAAGUGCCUGAGUGAGCAAAUCGCCGACGCCUAUUCCUCCUUCCGCAGUGUCCGUGCUAUCCGGAUUGACGGGGCAGGGAAAGCCGCUCAAGACAGCGACCUCGUCAAACAAGAAGUGGAUCAGGAACUGAGCGCCGGCUUCAGAAACGGCCAGAACGCAGCUGUGGUCCACCGCUUCGAGUCCCUGCCUGCAGGCUCAACCUUGAUCUUCUAUAAGUACUGUGACCAUGAAAACGCAGCCUUCAAAGACGUAGCCCUGGUCCUGACUGUACUGUUGGAGGAGAAGACCCUGGCAGCCAGUCUGGGCCUAAAGGAGAUUGAAGAGAAAGUGAGGGAUUUCCUCAGAGUCAAGUUCACCAACUCUGACACGGCCAGCUCCUACAACCACAUGGACCCAGACAAGCUGAAUGGGCUCUGGAGCCGAAUUUCCCACCUGGUGCUGCCGGUGCAGCCCGAAAACGCCCUGAAAGGGGGCAGCUGCUUGUGAAGGGGGAGCCAAAAUCCCGUCUCGAGUUCUGAGCCCUUUUCAGACUUUGUAAUCAGAGACGGAUGUGGAGCAGUUUUUGAAAACUGGUUUCUUUUUAAAGGAAGUUCAUACAUAAAAGUGGAAUGCCUAAAUCAUUCAUGUAGCCUGAUUAUCUGAUUUUAGAGAAUUGAUUCUCUGUUUCCACUGAGAACUAUGUUAAGGGUGUUUAGCCUGGCCUAAAGUAUGUGCACUUACCUGAGAUCUGCUUUGAUUCUGCCUGAAUCAUUCUUGCUGUGGUGACCAGAGAGAAGGACUAGGUUCCUUUCUCAAAAUCAGCUUUACCUUUAACUCUGGGUUCUGUUUGUUUGUUGGUGACCUUAUUAGUCUGACAGCUCUCUGAUUGUAGCUGUGGGUUCCCCCGUUUCUUUUCCUUUCAUAUCAUUUAAGUGUGUGGUCCUUAGCUUCUGCCUGUAAACGAUGGAAGUCAUGAAAGAUCACCUGAGUGUGCAGUUUGCCCCCUAUGUGCAUGCGCACACGCACACGCCAGCUUUUAGAGGAGAAGGGGGUUUGGGAGGUGGAAAGGGAAGAGAAAUUGUCAAAUGGAGAAGGAAAAGGAAGGGGUGAG